AUGUGGUUGCCGCGCGCUGCGGCCUGGCGGCUCCUGCCGCUGUCGUCGUCGUCGCCGCCGCCGCCCCUCCGGCGCGCCGGAGCCGCCUUCACGCCGCAGCGAGCGGCAGCUCGGGCGUUAGAGCAGGUGAGGCGCGGGGAGGGGUCAGCGGCGCGGGGAGGGGUCAGCGGCGCGGCUGGCCUGCGGCAGUUGGAAACGGGGCGGGAGAGGCUCUCAGACUUCCUGAAUGUCCCGGGCGGGUGCUCUUCCUCCGGCUUAGGGUCCGUACAUAAACCUGUCCGGGAUCAGUCUCUUCCGUCGCCGGCGGAAGCGGUCCUGCGACAGCGGUUUGUGUUCUGCUUUCCUCUUCUCCACCCGAGGGGGGCCGCUGCGUCUGCCUGCGAGCAGGGCAGAGCCAAGCUUCUCGAUUUAAAAAUGUGGCGUUCGCUGUUUGGGGCGCUGGGAUAUAAAACAGAAGGGAAACGUCAAAAGCAGAUUUGUCAGAUUGUUCUGGAUCAUUUUGAGAAGCAGUACACAACAGAACUAGGAGAUACAUGGACACGCAUCAGAGAUGUACUCAUGCAUCCGUGGUGCUGGCAGUAUGCUAUUCUGCUUAACAAAUUCAGCCAGUCUGCUGAACUGGAGGACACCUUGCGUGGGAAGGGAUAUUAUCCUGCCUUUCAAGAAAGUUUGACCUAUCUUCCAUCAUCAUUUCAAUGUUACAUCAGGAGAAGUCCUGGGAGAUUCCCUGCACAAAAACACCAGGCUGGUAAACUGAAAGAAUAUUUUCUGCUGAAUGCUGCUUCACUAUUACCAGUGUUGGCAUUAGAAGUGAAAGAUGGGGAAGAUGUUUUGGAUCUCUGUGCUGCUCCAGGGGGUAAAUCAGUAGCUGUGCUGCAGUGUGCUUAUCCAGGUCAGUUUCAUCUUAAUGAAUCUGAUGUUUUGAGGUCAAGAUGGUUGAAACAGACAAUAGAAUCCUUCAUCCCAGAUCCUUUUAUUAAUUUAGUAAUGUUCUCUACACUGGAUGGUAGACAGAUCGGAGAUCUUAAGCCUGAACUGUAUGACAAGGUGCUGGUUGAUGCUCCUUGCUCAAAUGACAGAGGUUGGCUAUUCUCUUCUGAUAUUCAACAAGCUACACUUAGAGUAAUACAAAGGAAGGAGUUACCAUCUCUACAGUUCCAGCUGCUAAGGUCUGCUAUUAAAGCGUUGCGUCCUGGUGGAUCAUUAGUCUAUUCUACAUGCACUCUUUCAAAGGCAGAAAACAGUGAUGUAAUAAAUCUCAUUCUAAACUCCUUCAGCAAUGUAACACCUGUAGACCUAAGUGAAAUGGCCAAAGCUGUUUCUCAGGAAUUCACUUUUCUUGGCGGAAUGCAACAACAUGAGCUUCUGGUUCUUCCAGAAAAAGGGAGAGCAUGGGGUCCAAUGUACAUUGCUAAAUUAAAGAAAAUGAAGAUCAUGUGAUGCCUGUUAGUUUUGCAUAAGAGGUAUAUGAUAAAGCUAAUACAGUAUGUGUAUAUGAACAUACCCAAGGCAACUGAAUUUAGGGCAUUGCAUUUUUUUUAUCAGCUGCUGCCUAAUGCAGAGGAAACUAGACACCUUAAUUUAGCUUGAGAUACAGAUGUGUUUUCUAAUGCAGACUUGUGGGCAUCUGUGAAGUCCAUAUUAGGUCAAGUGAGAUUUGUAUUAUGUUCAGUAGGAUGCUUUUAGAGGCCCAAGUACUGAUUUUUUUUGCACUGAGAUUUCUUUAUUUUUAUUUAAUUAUUAAUUUGGGUUUAAUACAGCAUAUUUUAAAAUAAGUUACCUGAAUGGUGGAUGCUUCUGAAGUCAUGGAAAUCCUGCAUUCUCUUUCCAGCACAUCUAGAAAUCUGUUUUCUGGUAAAAACUGAUUUGUAUGCAGAAUGCAUCAGUGACUAUUCCAAGCACUGGCAAAACAGGCUUCAUAUUUGUGAAGUUCUUUACUGGUUAAAAACUGUCUUUUGUUUACAGUCGCAAAGGUCAGCAGCUGUAUCAGUACCAACUCUUUCUUUUGUUAUAUUUUUGGUCUUACAAAAAAAUGUCCUUAAAACACUAGAUUUGGUAGACUUAGGUAUGUUUAGCUUUGGUACUCGGUUUGCUGGAUACAUUGCAUUAUACCACAGUCUCUAGAGCAUUUAUUUUAAACAGAAGCUGUAGAGAAAUGGCUAGAAGAUAAAAGGCCACGAGCUGCACAAUCCAGCCUUUUAGCUAAGCUAACUAACUAUAGACAACCUGGCAUGUCCUUUAGAGGCUGAUAAGAGAAAGCUUGGCAAGCCUAUAAACAGGACGUGAAGCCAGGUGCUGAAGCUGCAAGGUAGGAAGAUAUUGCUGAUAUUAUAUUCCAAUCAGCAUACAGCAACAGGCACGUGAACAAUGUAUGUUAGCCAGUAGCAAGCUAAUGUUAUUCGCGUGGACAGCACAUAAUACUAUAAAAGCCUGUGACUUUUAGCAAUAAAUGAG